GAAAGGAUCGAUCGCAACCGCGUUGACAUUCUAAAAUAACUAAUGUAAUUAGCAUAUAUAUAAUUUAGUAUGCGGUAGUAAACGUAAUUAUCGUAUUAUUAUAUUAUGCAACUAUAUGUGCACAUAUAAUAUAUAUCCAAUGGCUCAGAUCCUCCCUGCUGCUAGCUCAUCCUCGAACAGUAAUCAAUCGGAUGAGCACCAUCAACGGCAUCCUCCCUCCUCUCGGCGUCCUAUUGUUCCUCACGGUCAUCGUCCUCCUCUCCUACUUCUAUGCUCGCAGGCGACAAGACUCAGACACUUCGGUCCGACUCGCCGGGGCUUCGGCGCCGAGCGAUCACGACAGUACCGAUGGGGAUGAUGAUGAGGAUCGAGAGCUCGGGCUUGACGAAGCUACCAUCCUUAGCUACCCGAAGCUCCAGUACUCGCAAGCAGCCAAGGACGUCGGCGAGGCAGAUCUCGACGAUUCGAAUAAUACUUGCCCCGUUUGCUUGCUGGAUUACCAGGAGACUGACACUGUUAGGGUUCUGCCGGAGUGCAAGCAUUUCUUUCACCACACGUGUGUGGACCCGUGGUUGAAGCUGCAUUCGACUUGCCCGAUCUGCAGGGAGCAAUUGAUCAGGGUGACGGAUUUCCACGGGGAUGGGAUCAGUAGUCCGGGUUCGACACGACGUCAGGAGUCGAACCCUUCUUUUACAGUGUUCAUGCGUCCAUGAACAAUUCGGUGAAGAAUGCAAUCAAUUAAUCAUUUUGGAAUUUUGGCGAUGUUUGAGCUUAGUUUAAUUUGAAAGUUAAAUGUACCUCUUGAUCAGUUGUAGGUUCUUUCAGGGGUACCUGAUCAUCAAUAUUUAGUGUAGUUAGGGCUACCCACCUACCACAGCCAGCCUAUCGAGCUAAUUAAUUGUAUCACUAUCACCUCUUUUUUCUUUUUCUUUUUCUUUUUCUUUUCAUCAUCGAAUAUGCAAAGCAAAGGUGCUAGUUAGAGUUGGUCGCAGAGGGCAGGGCGUUACGUACAUAUGUGAAUGUUAUAUAUAUGUUGAUGAAUAAUAUCUUCUUGCUUUGUUCCACCAA